AUGCAUUGCUGCUACCAGGCGUCCUAUAAGACUUUGCGAACUGCACAUACACAAUUCACGUGCGACAUCGGAACCCGAACCAUAGUUUAUCGCCAGGAGCGGUUACACAUCGUCCCAACGACAGGAUCCAUACAUGAACUUACACGCAUGGUGUUUGAGCUGGAGCUCGUCCCAUCUGUCGGUUCCCGUGACCGAUCCUGUUGUGAAACAAAUGGCGAGGAACUCUUGGCUGUCCGCGUGCUUCAGACACAUGUAUUACAUGACCAUAUCCAUAGCCAGAUGGGGCAAUCACUCGAUGGGAGAAGUCAAGAAGUGUGCACGACAGUCUGUAUAGCUGUAUACAGCGUCACCAUAAUCGUGACGCCGUUGCUAAUCAUCAACACACCGCACAGCUUACACUCCCAUCUCUCCCAAGAUUCCACAUCAUCCAGAAAAACCCAACACUCCCCAUCCCACCGCCUACAAUCCAGCAUCCCACAACCCCUCCCCAUCUAUUCCCGCGCCCACACCGCUCGUCGUCCCACACCCCCGCGUCGCACAGCGCCAUGCAUGUACAACCUCCCUAGCAAGAUCGCGAGGUAUCGCGAGGACACGGGUCCGCGGCUCGUGGCUGGUAGGUACACGCCCAGCGGUUUCGCUGUAGACGUGGAGCGGGGUCUGGGGAUGCGUGUAAAUGGCCACGACAUCUACCGUACCCUGGCUACAUACAGAACCAGCAUACUCGAGGUUCGCCCGACUUGGGCUGAAAACCUGCGUUUCACAAAUCUCCGUCUCCAUGUCCGCCAACCCAGCUCAGCCCAGCUCAGCCCAGCCCAGGCGGGCCCGGAAUAA